AGGUAGUGAUGCCUACAGUUGAAGCAGAUGUGGCAUUUGGCCUUGGUAAAUUCGACCUGACCCAUGAUGAGAUUAGGUCCAGAGUGGCAAAAGCUUUGUAUUCUGUCGGAAUGUAUGAAUACUUGCAAAGACCAGUUCAAACACUUAGUGGUGGUCAGAAACAAAGGGUUGCUAUUGCUGGUGCUUUGGCCGAAGCAUGCAAAGUAUUGUUACUCGAUGAGCUCACAACAUUCUUGGACGAAAAUGAUCAGGUGAUGUUACUUAAUGUCAAUGAUAAGGUUGCCUUCCUUUGGAAGAACUUUAGCAAUUAGAAAGCCAUUUGUAGGUGAUAGUUUAUUUUAUUUAAGUUACUUUGUACUUUUUUCAGUGGAUUUCUUUUCCACCAUUUAGCUAUACUAGCGAUAACUCAUGCUAAUCACAGUGUGUUAAUGCCUAGAAUUAAGUGAAGUUUGUUGUGUG